AUGUCUGGUUCCUUUGCUCAGCAUGGGAGUAAAGGGGGCACCAGCGGCGGCCCUCGCCGUAACGUUAAGCCUUCGGCUAAAAUGGGGAAAGCAACCAACGUGAAGAAGGAGGCGAAAAGGUAUCAUAAAGAAAAGUAUGCGCGAGAGCAGGUGGAGCGCCGCGGUCAUCACGCGCAGCAGCACACCGCUGUUGGGAAUCACGAGGGAAGAUCCCAUCAGAGAUCGGCUCGGACAAAGGACAUUGACAUUCAUUUAGCUGCCAAGGUUUCCUCCGAGUUGCGCUCCGAUCUGUCCAGCUUCAAAACGAGGUUAAAUGCUACCAAUAUUUUUGGUGCGGAUUUGAGUGAGAUAUUCAAGUUUGUGCCUCCUCCAUUUAUUCAGCAACAUUUGCCGGAGGAUGUGCGAUCUCUUCGUUCAUAUUUAAGCAAAUUUGAACGCGGUGCACCGAAUAGUGUACAAGCAUUUAUCGUAUGGUAUGAGUGGGCAGAGUACGAACUUAAUAAGGGGAAGGGCCGCGGUGGUGGAACCAAAAAACACUACGACAAUAAAGCGCAGGGUUUAACCAGCGGAGAUGAGGAGGAGGAGGCGGCUGCUGCCAGUGAUCAAAAGGAUGGUGAACAGGUCGAAACACACGGAAAAGUCAGUCGGUCUCGAGCAGUGCUCGCCAAAAAUGUAAAGGAGCGGGAACACGUUCGUGCGUUGCUCCAAAUGUGCCUCCGGCAUAACUCGACCCGUCGGAAAGAAGGUCAGCAUUCACUGAUUAACCAUCUAAAGGCCAAAUUAGUGGAUGGCGUUGACUGCCGAUCGCUGAAAAGUAUGCGGGAUACAGCGCACCACGCACUUCCGUACGCUCUGUCACGUAUGCUGCUAGGCAUGGUUACUGAGGACAUGGCGAUGAUUGUUUUGCAUGCACAUAUUCUAUUUCUUGCAUUGCGCGAAACGGACAUUACACCAUCUAUUGUGCUUUCACUCAUUGGAGAGGAAAUAGCACUCGAUGCCCGGCUAAAAGUCACAAAGGCUCGACUAGAGGCACGGGCUGCGAGAAGAGAUACACAAGGCGAGCAACAGAAAGAAGACCAGGGAGAUUGGGAUGAUUUUGACCCAGACACAAUUAAUGACCCUACGCGGGGUGAGCGUAACCAGCGCAUUGUAGCUGCUGUUUUUGCGAUGGGAGCCGUGGUUGCAAACCGUGGGAAGAUGCGAGUGGAAGAUGCCCGUCAUGCCGCCCAGUACUUAUGUUUUGCCUACGUUGAGCAAAAGGCUACGCGCGUCAUGACAGCGGCUUUAUUGUUAAUAACGCUUCAAAAGUUUCCCAAGCUGUGGGAGGAUGAGUCGGUGAUGGAAUGGAUAUCAUAUGCCUUUUUCCUCUACCCCAAGUUAGAAUACUUUCGCCCAGAGGGAGUGCAACUGCUCCUACGUCUGAUGGCAAUGGAGACGAAACCUCCGGCAAUUAAAAAGUUUCUCCCAACCACCGUGCAGAAGUAUGCUGCGAUGGAUCCGCUAGAACCAACAACAGUGGAACAAAUUGCCAAUGCUCUGUUCCGCAAGGAACAGGUGAUUGCCGUGUACCCAAUGGUUCAUCCCGUGUGGGACGAUUGGUUUGACCUCCUUGUGCAGCGCUGUGCCGCUGGUGAAUCACUGCAGGAGCAUUUAAGUACAAUGAUGCACAACGCCAUUGCGCCUUACCGCCGUGGUAACUCAGAUAUUCCGCGCCGGGCGCUGUUUCAGCAACUCGUCGCCCGUUUAGGUCAAUUGGUUGUAAAAAACGACGAUGCCGACCAACGCCAAGAAAUGUUGAAGAUUGCCAGCCAAGCGGUGGGUUAUGGAAGGAAGAUAGUUGCAAAAGCUUCAGAUCCCAACGAACUUCGGAUGAUGCCUCUUGAAAUGCUGGAUGCUAAAGUCCGAGACCUCAUUAAACAAUAUUUUUGCAUUAGGGACUCGGACCCGUCUGCGCACGCCAACCGCACGUGGGUGCUACGGGAGUUGCGGGCUUGCUUAAGUGUGCCGCUACGUGAGGGCGUAACUUGCACAUACGUCGACGAGGCGGUUCGUGCCUUGCUGCGGUUUGGGUUUUACCCCACUCCGAAGUCCAGUGAUGAGAAAUGCAUGAAUCGGGCUAUCUACCUUUUUUCGGACGUAUUUUCCUUCACGUACACCGCCGCCUUGUCAAGACCAAAAUGCACGUUGAGUGCCUUAAGCGUUAUUAGGGAUUAUCUUGCGGCUGAGGAGAAGGGCAUCACGCGAUACACCACUGGCGCAACUGAGCGCAACUUCCGCAAGGCCCGCAAUUGUAUUGUUGAGGCACUGGAAAGCUCUUCCACCCGCAGUGUCUUGUUUUAUGAGGAGCGAGAUAUUCAUGUGCUGCUCGUAUUGCUUUUUCUGAUUCUGAGUACCGACGACCCCAGCAAUGAAGAGGCGAAAAACCUCGCUAACAGUACGGUACCUGAUCUUUGCCAGUUCUUUCGUACGGGCACGUUGGAAACUCUGGAUUUGUUUUAUGAUGUGUUGAUGGCGCUCGUGAUGCGACCGUCUUCGGCACUUCACGUGUUACCCCUUAUGGUGUGCGUGCGCCGCAUUGCGACGGGUUAUCUUUUACGUUUUGCUCGUUAUGUUCGAGAGCGGCCAACUCUGGACCUUGUCUUGGCUCCGCUUCGUGAGGCUUAUCAUACGGACGACCGGGAACUAAUAAGGCAAGCUAAAGCAAAGGGAGUAGCUGCAGAGGCGGAAGAUUCUUCAGCUGAUGAAGAAGAAGGUGACGAGGAGGACGAGAACAACGAAGGCACUCAAGUUGAUGAAAAAGACGAAGAUGAGGAAGACGAGGGGGGUGAUGUACCCUCUGAGGAUGAAGCGGAUAAGACAGAAACAGAAACAGAAACAGAGGCGGAUGAAAGCGAAGAACCCACUGAGGAGGACGAAGCAACGGAGCCGGAGGAGGGAGCCGAUGAGGAGCAACUCAAUCCAGAUGUAGAGGAUGAAGAAUCUGAUACAGGUGACGAAGAGGAAGAAGAAGCUCCAACUCAGCAGUACAUUGACGCACUGAAGGGUAUGAUUGGGAACGUAGAUCUUCAAUUCGUGUAUCCAACGGAUACAGCCAAUAAGGAGAAGGGUGAUGUUGUCCGAGCAAUUCAAGUUGCAACACGAGUUGGGGUGGCUAUGCGCUCUCCAUUAACAGUACACAUUUUUCAGGUUCUGUUGGCGGUUUGUCGAGAAAAUGUGAAGGCGGCGGAUGACGUGAUUUUCAACAGUACCGUUUCGUCCCUUCAAAUGCUUAUGAUGACGAAGAAUCGUUACUUCGGAAGGUUUCUCGUGGCAGAGAGUCUGUUCCAACUUCUUUCCGACAUUCAAAGCUAUUGCCGCAAACUGGACCGGGUUUUAGUAAACAAAGAGAGCCGUUCGGCACGACACGCUCUUGUAGUUCGUCGGCGCAUGACCCGACUGAAGGACGUGGCUCUUCGCGUGUUUCAUUUCAUCGCCUUCCUCGCACAUAAGAACCACGCAGGUGAAGACGUUCGAGUGACGUUGAUGGAGUUUUACAAGUCCAUCUUCUGCGACCGUGGUUGGGAUGGAAAGAAACGAAUGCCUUCCGUAAAGCGGGAUAUGCAUCAUUACCGUCACGGGUUUGCGUGGGCACUGCUACCCGCAGCAUUGGAGAAGUUUAGCGAAGUGGAGGUUCUGGAAGGGCCCCAGCGCGUAAGAGUGUUUCAAGGAUGUUGUCAGAUGGUAGAAGCGGUGCUACCGCGGCUCUCCGGCUUGGGGGCAACUCUACGUGCAUCCGCCGCAAGUGCAAUCAGCAGUUUCCUUCAAUCGGUAACACCAACCUCGGUAUAUAAUAUGAAGUACACACUUCUGUACGACUACUUGCAUUGCCUCAAAAUGGUGCUCAAGUACAAUAGUCGUGUACAGCUGGACACGGCAUGGGCUUCCAACAUUGUGAAGGAAGUGGUAGACGACGAUUCAUUAAUGACAUCGGCCGCUACUAUCCGCCUUCUGGCAGCAAUGGAAAAUCUUCUCAACCUCACGCCGCGAGCUCGAGAGACAAAAGCUCCGUCUCCGGUGAGUGUUUUAUAUAAACAGUACGAGAAAAGUGGACGAAAAGAAAAGGCUGCAUUUUACCGCCGUGCAAAACGUGUUCGAAAGAAGGUUGUGCGGGCACUUGCAGCGCACCGCAACGGAGAAUUGACUGAUGAGGAGAAGGCUGCUAAGCGGCGGCGACGCGAAACUCUCAGAAUCAACGACCGCUUGGAGAGGCAAAUGAUUCGUACCGAGCGGUCCCAAAUCCUUACGAAAGAGGAAAGAGAGGAAAAACGCAAGCGGAUCAUGGUGGCUAAGCAGGAGCGGAUCGCCAAAAACAGAGAGAGAAAGCGUCGCCUGCAUGAACAAAGAGAGAAGGCAUUCCAGAGGUGGCGUGAGCAAAAACUUGCAGCAGCGGCUGUCGCGGAUGAGUAG